UAAAUACACAAAAAGUCUAAAAAAAGUCUGAAUUUAUAUAAUUACGUGUCUGGCUUCAUUCAAGUGCGAAUACCCUGCCUUGACCGGAAAUUCAGACGCUAGCUCCUGCGGCUUAGUUCUCCAUUAAAAUCGAUCUGCUCUCAUCUUGGGUAGUCAUGGCCGAGCCUUCCAUGCCUUUGAUCAAAGUCAAUACCUCCGACACCACUCUUGUGUCCGUCAAGCAAGAACCACUUCAAUCUCCGCUGUCUUUACCACGCCCGGACCCCAUUCCGCUAACGUUAGCGGUUGUCAAAACUGAACCCGAACAACUCGAACUACAGCAACCACUACCACUACCACUACCACAACCACAGCAACCGCAACCAGAAGAAGAACAACGGAAGCGAGAACCCCAAUUCUUAAAAUCCAUUAACGACCUCGCCUCCCUCUCCUCUGCAAUCCACGCUUUCAAAUGCAGAUUCGACGAACUAACAAAGCACCUCGAUUUCAUCAACCAAGCCAUCGAAUCCAAAUUCAAUGAACAACAACACCCACAAAUUGAAACCCAACCCCUUUACAAACCAACGGAAACCGAUAGUAAAACGGAAAAAAGGGGACCCGACAUGGCUUCUCCCCCGAAAUCCUCGCGUUCCGAAAUUCAAAGCCUCUGCGAGAUGAUGUGCAGCAAAGGACUACGUCGAUACAUUGUCACCCAUUUAUCAAACGUCCCGAAGCUUCGAGAAGAAGUCCCUGCGGCUCUAAAGCUUGCCCCAAAACCCGACAAAUUGGUUUUAGAUUGCAUUGGGAGGUUCUUUCUACAAGGCAUAAAGGCUUAUACGAAGGACUCGCCCAUGAUUCCGGCAAGGCAAGCCUCUGUUUUGGUGUUGGAGUUUUUCCUUUUGAUGAUGGGUGGUUUCCACGGUGAGGGUAAGGUUGAGAUUGCGGCAGACCUUAAGGUAGAAGCUGAGAAAGGAGCCGUUGCGUGGCGAAAGAGGUUGAUUGCUGAGGGUGGUUUGGCUAAGGCAAGUGAAGUUGACGCUAGGGGUUUGUUGCUGUUCGUUGCUUGCUUUGGGAUUCCAAAAGUGUUCCGGAGUGAGGAUUUGGGGAAUUUGCUGCGUUUGUGUAAUCUCAGGGCUAUUUUGGAUGCGUUAAAGGGCUCUCCUGUGCUUCCUGAUAAAAUGCCACAUAUCAUAGAGGCUAUGGUGAAGAAUGGAAUGCAUGUCGAAGCUGUUGAUGUUGCUUUUAUCUUUGGGCUUGAGGAUAAAUGCUCCCCUAAGACAAUUUUGACUUUAUUCUUGCAAGAGUCUACAAAAGCAUUCAUGAGGGCAAAACAGGAAGCACAAAAUUCCCCCAUGGCACUGCGAAAGGCUAAUGAACAACAUUUAGAUGCUCUGAAAUCCUUAGUCCAGAAUUUGGAAGAUCGCAGUAGUGAUAUAGCAAAGCUUCUAGGUUCAUGGCAAAUUGAAGGGAAGAUAGUCAAGUUGGAAGAAGAAAUUACUGACCUAACUAAAAGGAUUGAGGACAAGAAAAUGAUACCAAAGAGAAAACUGGAUGAAAUGGGUUCCUCGAGUUGGGCUAAGAGUCAAGAAAUGAAGCGUUCACAGUUUGCCGCUAAAGGGUCACCCUUGCCAAAAUCUUCUCAUGUGAAUGGGUUGCAUGAGCAAUGGACUGCUACUCUUACUGAAGGCGUGAGGCCAUAUGAUGGUUUGGUGCCAAACUCUUACGACACUGCUAUUUCUGGUCAUGUCACCAAUUAUCCUGCUGCCUCAGCUGUACCCCAUGGAUCAACUAUAAGUUCCUUACCUGAAAAUGGAGUUGCCCAGAUGGUGGGAAUCAAUGGUGUUGGGAGCACUGGUAUGGUGACAAGCAUAGGUGUCUUCUCAGCAAGUUCUUAUUCUGGGGUUCGUGGCGAGAUUGAAGUUGAUAAGGCUGGGCAAAUGAUGAGUAGCAGCGGUCUGCCAUAUGGAUGGCGACAAGGCUCUGUUGGGCAAUCUGCACCCAUGACGUUUGGUGGUUUGUUUGGGUCAUCACUAUCAAUAGAAGGUUUUGUUGGUCUGCCUGAUACUACUGAGAGGACAUCAGCAGAUCUAUAUCGGUUUGCUGAUUCUAUAGGGGAAAAUGAGUCUUAUAGCAGUAGCUCUCGCAGGACUGGCGCCUGGCCAACUGUUGCGCCUGUCCGUCAUACGUCCUAUAUGUAUUAAUGAAUUAAUAGUGUACCUAGUUGUGUCCAUUUGACUUCAUAGAUAGUUUCUGACAGGGAGAAGAUGAAAACCUUCUAUGUUUUUCUUUUGAACGAGGAGAAUACUUUAUGGCAUCUGCAAACUUUCAGGUGCUUCAUCAGAUUUUACCUGUUUAUAUGAUCGCAAUGAAGGUAAUUU